GGAAUUAUUUACCACAAAUUAUAAACUCAGUGUAUAAAAGAGAGAGUUGAUGCCCACAACACACCAGCUGCAAGAUGGCAAAGCUUCUACUUGGAACAGCGGUGAUCUUGUUGACGUGCCUGGAACUGGGCUCUGCCUACAGACUGGUUUGUUACUUUACAAACUGGUCUCAGUACAGACCAGGCCCAGGGAAGUAUUUGCCAGAGAAUGUGGAUCCUUGCUUGUGCACACAUCUGAUCUAUGCCUUUGCUGGGAUGAAGGAGAACCAAAUCUCCACCAUUGAAUGGAACGAUGUGACCCUCUACCAUUCACUCAAUGGCCUUAAAAACAAAAAUGGAAACCUUAAGACACUCCUAUCUGUCGGAGGCUGGAACUUUGGAACUCAGAAAUUCACCGCUAUGGUUUCCUCAGCAGGAACUCGACAGAUUUUCAUAAAGUCGGUGAUUAGCUUCCUGCGCGGUUAUGGGUUUGAUGGUUUGGAUAUUGACUGGGAAUAUCCUGGGUCAAGAGGAAGUCCCCCACAAGACAAACUUCUCUACACUGUGUUGGCGCAGGAACUGAUGACAGCCUUUGAAGCUGAAGGGAAGAGCUCUGGAAAACCAAGACUGCUGCUCUCAGCUGCAGUUGCUGGUGGGAAGAAUAACAUUGACACUGGCUAUGAGAUUCCUCAGCUUGGACAAGUCUUGGACUUUUUCAAUGUGAUGACAUAUGAUUUCUUUGGACCCUGGAGUCACGCCACUGGAGAAAAUAGCCCCCUUUAUCCUCUCCCAAAUGACAAAAACACCCUCAACAUUGACUAUAAUGUGAACUUUGCAAUGAAUUACUGGAAAGAUCAGGGAGCCCCUGCAGAGAAACUGAACGUUGGAUUCCCUACAUACGGCCAUACCUUCAGGCUGAGCUCAUCCAACACUGGGGUUGGAGCCCCAGCAUCAGGGCCUGGACUAGCUGGGCCUUACACCAGACAGGCUGGAUUCUUGGCCUAUUAUGAGAUCUGCACAUUUUUGAAAGGUGCCACCAUGAAAUGGAAUGCCCCACAGAUGGUUCCAUAUGCUUAUAAAGGGACGGAAUGGCUUGGAUAUGACAAUGUGGAAAGCUUUAAAGACAAGAUGGAGUGGCUGAAAAAGAACAACUUUGGAGGAGCUAUUGUGUGGGAUCUUGCUCUGGAUGAUUUCUCUGGUACUUUCUGCAACCAAGGACCUUAUCCUCUCAUUAACACACUGCACACUGGGCUUGGAAUUUCUGCAGCUUGUGUUCCAUCUAAAACAACACUGGCACCAGCUGUUCCUCCCAGUCAGGCCCCUGGUGGUGGUGGCAGUGGUGGUGGAAGCGGGUUCUGCGCUGGCAAAGCUAAUGGUACCUACCCUGAUCCAAAAGACAAGAACAAAUUUUAUCAAUGUAUCAAUGGAGUGACCUACGUGGAACAAUGUGCUGCUGGAUUAGUCUUUGAUCCUUCCUGUGUCUGUUGCAACUGGGCAUAACGAGCAAGGAGUAGCCUGCCAUAAAUCUUCAUUGGGCACCAGUGAAGCUGUUACUUACUGAGGUGACACUUUGUGGAUAAAGACCAUUCAUGUACCAUAACUAAUUUGUCGCAAC